CUCUCCCCGGACCCCGCAUUCACUAUAUCUGCUCUCCCCGGACCCCUGCAUUCACUAUAUCCGCUCUCCCCGGACCCCGCAUUCACUAUAUCUGCUCUCCCCGGACCCUGCAUUCACUAUAUCUGCUCUCCCCGGACCCCUGCAUUCACUAUAUCCGCUCUCCCGGACCCCGCAUUCACUAUAUCUCCUCUCCCCGGACCCUGCAUUCACUAUAUCCGCUCUCCCCGGACCCCGCAUUCACUAUAUCUGCUCUCCCCGGACCCUGCAUUCACUAUAUCCGCUCCCCGGACCCGCAUUCACUAUAUCUUCUCUCCCCGGACCCUGCAUUCACUAUAUCCGCUCUCCCCGGACCCUGCAUUCACUAUAUCCGCUCUCCCGGACCCCGCAUUCACUAUAUCUGCUCUCCCCGGACCCUGCAUUCACUAUAUCCGCUCUCCCCGGACCCCGCAUUCACUAUUCUCCCCAGACCCCGCAUUCACUAUAUCCGCUCUCCCCAGA